AAAAAAAAAAGAAAAUACAGAUGGAGAAGUCCAAGGACUGAGUACAGGAGUAUGGCAACACUGGGAGCUGGAAGGAAGGACAGAGUCACCAAUGGAAAAACCAGAGAAGAAGAAGGAAAACCAGGUAACCAGGUGAAGUGUGGCAUCCUGGAUCCCAAGAAACAACGCAUAUUAAGGAGGGAGUGAUCCACUGUGCCAAAUGCUGAUAGGUCAAGUAAGAUAAAGGACUAUUCGAUUUAUCCAUGGUGAUUGGUGGCUUUGCCAGGAGCAGUAACAGGGGAGCCGUGAGGCAAAGCCUGGUUGGAAUAGGUUUAAGAAAAAAUGGGGAGAGAGAAACCAGAGACAGUAUGCGCUCUUUGGAGGAGUGCUCGAUAUGGGAGGACAAAGAAGUAGGGUGGUUCCCAGUGGGGAAGAGUCAAGAGUUUUCUUUCUUGCUUGUCUUUUGUUGUUGUUUGUUUGUUUGUUUUGUUUUGGUUUAAGGUGAGAGAAACAACUGUGUUUGUGUGCUGACAGGCUGGCUCAAGUUGGAGAGAAUGAAGUGUCAUAGGAGGACCUGGGAAGGAUUGGCUGACAGACACGUGGAGAGAUCACCUCUGGUGACAGAAGAGAGGGCAGCAUAUGUGCUCAAAGAUACUGAGACUAUGAGGCUCAAGUGGCUGGUGCUUAAGAUGGGCGAGUUCAUGAAAGCCGGGAAGGCGGUGCUGGUCCUGGCUGGAUGCCACUCUGGAUGCAAACUGUUCAUUGUGAAGAACAUUGGUGAGGGCACCCCAGACUGUCCCUACAGCCACACUCUGGUGUCUGGAAUUGACCGCUAUGCCCCACACAAAGUGACAGCUGCCAUGGGCAAGAAGGAAAUCGCCAAGAGGUCAAAGAUAAAAUCUUUGGUGAAAGUUCACAACUACAAUCGCCUCAUGCCAAUGAAGUACUCUGUGAAUAGCCCCUUGGACAAAACUGACCUCAAACAGGAUGUCUUCUGAGACCCUGCCCCUAAACACAAGGCCUGAAGAAAGGCCAAGGCCAAGUUCAAGGAGAGGCACAAGACUGGCAAGAACAAACUUCUUCCAGAAGCUGCAGUGUUAUAUAUGUAUAUCUGUUUUGUUGCAGUCAUUUAAAAAAAAAUGUGUGCAUGCAAUUUAAGCUGGAAAAAGAUCAAAGUGAAUACAUCGUGGUAAGGAGCCAGGGAAGAGGCAGUAGACCCAAUCUGAAUGUAUAUCCUGGUGGGAUCUAAGGAGAUUUAUUUACUGGAGGGAGGAGCUGGAAAGAUAGGAGUAGGAUUCAUGGGUCAGAGAUUGCAGAGGCUUCUCUAGGCCAGGGGGAAGUGAUUCCAGGGCUACUGUGUUCGCUGCCAAGAGUGAGGCUGAUCCUGUAGGAAUCUUGCUGAGCUUGGGAAAUUGUGGGAAAUCACCACUGCAGGAGGCACAUGGCUGGCAUGCCCCCCCCCCCAUCCUUCCCAAAGGUGUCCCAAUUCAGAGUACAUUGGUUCUGGACCCAGACAGAGAAAAACCAUGAGUUGAAACUUAAAUAAUUGUAAUGCUGGUAAAUGAUUUGCUUUUAAAAUAGGUGUUGGGGGCAAUGUUCCUAGGGCAGUAUGUACCUUGGAUCUUCACUUUUCUCUCCAAGAGAUGAAGGUCACAUAUGUUACCUACAUCCGGGGAAUUUCCUGCUGUGUAAUCUGUAGCCCUCUCUUGUUUUUAAAAUCUCAAACAAUCAAACAAACCGGAUAAUAAGCAAAAGAGGCUUAUGUUGUUGAUAGGUCUGCCUCCUGCUGUAGAUUUGUAAUUAAACACUGUAAAUUGUGAUACCACAACUACUUUUUAUUAACCAAUGUCUUGACACUCCAGCAACUGGGUGCAGGUCAUGCUAUGCUUUCAGAGGUCCCCUUGGAGCAUCCUGAAUGGGCAGAGAGGACAGACCAUUGGCCCUGGAAACGGCGUGGGGGUGUUAUGAAGCGACGCUGCAGCUGGGCAGUGAGUCUGGGAAACACUUUGAUUUCCACAAAGAUGUGGGAGAAAAAUAGAAGAGAGAGAAAGAAAAGGAAGUAGGUGAGGCAGAAAGGAACGAGCAGAGGAGGAAGAAGAGAAGGCAAAGAAGGAGGAAGAAGAAACGAAGAAGGAGGCAAAAGAGGAUCAGUCAGGAUCCUAAUCCUCACGUCCAAUAGAGUCAGCCCAUAGCAUCCGUCCUCCUCAUGACUGACAAGGUGGGGGUCGUUGGGGAGGAAGACCUCCCUCUGCUCUGUGGUCUUUCCAGCUGGACUUUGAACCUAAUUGGCAUGAGACAUAUUAACAGGAGAAAAUCAAAUUUAAAGUGUAUACAGAUGGGAAUCCAGACAGACAUGAAGCUCUGAAGAUGAUGAGGCAAUGGAAGCUCGUAUGAGCUUAAACUUAAGGCCUGAGGUCACAAAGGCAUGAAAAGUAGUGAAAAGGUGAAAGGAGAUGUUUGCAAAAACAGGAUUGUUCUAUCAAGCAGCUGAGUUCCUUUGGUAAAGGGGGUCUCUGUUAGUACUUCUCUUCCUGGUACAAGCUCUCCCUUCUCUCUCUUUUUUUUUUAA